UCUCUUGCCGACCUCUUCCAGAAUAUUGUAGCCAUGGUGUUUGUCAAUAUUGAUGUGUUCCUGCAUCGACAUACGUCCCAAGGCUCUGGUUUGGCCGAAGCCGAUGUCAGGCAGGAUGCCACUAACCGCUAAGAAAAGUGAUGGUGUCAUGGACUUUUGCAUCGGACCAAAAAAGUAUCAGCCAUGUGAUUUUCUCGACUCUCUGCCCAUUUACUGGGAUUCAGCAUUCAGGAAAGGUCUACCAAAGAUAUGAACAAGCCUAGGAGUGCCGUGAUUGUUGGCGCAGGUGCUGGAGGCAUCGCAAGUGCGGCGCGCCUUGCAAAGGCCGGCUUUCGCGUCACGGUUAUUGAGAAGAAUGAUUUCACCGGCGGACGUUGCAGCUUAAUACACAGAGGUGGACAUCGAUUCGAUCAAGGACCUUCGCUGCUUCUCCUCCCCGACCUCUUCCAAGAAGUCUUUACCGAUCUCGACACGUCGCUGGAAGCCGAAGGUAUCGAACUGCUAAAAUGCGAGCCCAACUACAACGUCUGGUUCGGAGAUGGCGAAUGCGUUGAACUUUCCACCGACGUGGCCAGAAUGAAGAAGACAAUAGAACGCUGGGAAGGGAAGGAUGGCUUUGCGAGAUAUCUCGCAUGGAUGCAGGAGGCUCACACUCACUACGAGGCAAGCAUCGUCCACGUGCUGAAGAAGAACUUUACAUCCUAUUGGGCACUGGGGAGGCCGAGUUUCCUGCCAUACCUCUUAGCAUUGCACCCGUUUGAAAGCAUAUGGCGCCGUGCAUCGAAAUACUUCAUGACGGAACGAUUGCGACGGGCUUUCACGUUCGGCAGCAUGUAUAUGGGCAUGAGUCCUUUCGAAGCACCCGGAACGUACAGUUUGCUACAGUAUACGGAAUUGGCCGAGGGUAUUUGGUAUCCGAGGGGUGGUUUUCAAAAAGUCCUUGAAGCAUUGACCAAAGUGGGUGAACGCCUGGGCGUUGAGUACAGGCUUUCGACUUCGGUUAGGCAAGUCAACGUGGACAAUUACUCGGGACGCGCGACCGGUGUGACGCUGGCUUCCGGGGAAAUCAUCAACGCCGACAUUGUUCUUGUCAAUUCCGACCUCGUUUACGCCUAUAACGAGCUGUUGCCUUCCUCGAAGAAGGCUGUAUCGCUUUCUAAGAAGCCCGCGUCGUGCUCUAGCAUUUCGUUUUACUGGUCAAUGGACAAGGUCAUCCCUGAACUGCACACACAUAAUGUGUUCCUUGCGGACGAGUUCAAGGAAAGCUUUGAUGAUAUCUUCAAGCGCCAACAGAUACCCACCGAACCAUCCUUCUACGUCAACGUGCCGUCGCGCGUGGAUCCCAGCGCAGCUCCCAAUGGUAGGGACACUAUUGUGGUGCUAGUGCCCUGUGGUCAUCUACUGGAGAACCAGGCCGAUCGGGGGCUGAACCCACAAAACGCACAAGAGUGGGAGAACAUGGUUACGCGAGCUCGCAACGCCAUCUUCGAAACUAUACGCCUACGUACGGGUGCCGAUAUCGCGUCACAUGUGGUCGAUGAAGAUAUCAAUACUCCAGCGACAUGGAAGGAAAAGUUCAAUCUCGACAAAGGUGCUAUACUAGGACUGAGUCACUCGUUCUUCAACGUUCUCAGUUUUCGCCCACGCACGAAGCACGACGAAAUCUCAAAUUUGUACUUCGUUGGUGCAAGCACACACCCUGGGACUGGCGUGCCGAUUGUGCUCGCGGGCAGCAAACUCACCACGGGACAAAUCCUUGAUGAUCUACGGCUGCCACGGCCUUGGACUGCAGGCGGCCAUAAGAGGAGGAUUGUUAGCAGCCUCGACAAGUUGGGAAGGCCGCCAUUGGAUUUGCUGCCAUUUGCUCUCAUCCUUUUUGCAGCUUUGUUGUACUGGCUUGUUGUGGUUGCUUAGGCACAUUGCAUGUGGUAACGGAUACUCAUAGACCUUCUAGAACAGCGCUACUGCUUAAUUGAAUCAUUACUCUGUGCUUUUUCACUUUACUUU